CCGAAUUUUUGGUUAGCACGAACAAAUCAAGUUCUCUUGGAGAAAUUGUUAUUGAAAUUAAACACAGAACCAGGAUUCUUCUGUUCCGGUCCAGAGCGUCGCGCGGGCUCUGGGGACGAGAAUAUAUUUUAAGAGUGAAAUCAUGCGCACAACUUGGCCUAAAUUCUUGGAAAACAGGUGGCUUCUUGGAACUUUAAAACAGGGGAUUCCCCACGUCAUGCGUUAUCGUAACGAGUGCUGAUUGGUUUAAAUGUGGUACUGAUAUGAACAGAGACUCGUGAGAAGUUGCUAAAGAACAGAUUUUGUUUACUGCAAAAGUGGUGCCCUUUUUAACAAACUUAAACAUUUUUGCCUUCACCUGAUAACAUGGAGGAAGAUUACAGCAACAUGCCUGAUUUGUUUCUCGCCAGUGAAGCGACAAUCGCUAUUUUUGAUUCUCCGUGGAGCGAAGAAUUCGAUUUGUCCGCAAACAUGGCCUCCGUCGACGAAGGCCAUGACAUUCAAGAUCUGUUCAACGGUGAAACAAACCUAGAAGGCGAUCAGGACGAUGACAAUAGGUCUGUAGAGUCCUGGGAUGGAGGACCAAGCACUCCGGAUGCCAAAGCCGUGAUCACGGACGAAGAAGUAGCUAACCUUCCGGUUCAAGAGCUGAACAAACUUCUUCGGAACGUUCCAUGGGAAGAAGCUGCAAGGAUAAGAAAACGACGACGAAACCUGAAAAAUCGGGGAUAUUCACUGAGCUGUCGGCUUCGAAAACAGCGAGAGCAGGAAGAUCUGAUCAACGAAAAUACCUCAUUGAGGAAGAAGCUGGAAGAUGGAAAAUGGAAAUUACUUAAAGUGUGGAAGGAAAAGGAGGUAUACAAAAGAAAUUAUUUGCAGUUGCAGAAGUAUUUUACUGAACACAAGCAAGGAAUGGAAUCUUUGGAGUCACUACCUUGUCGUUUAACAUCGUGAAAAGGCCCUGGGAGCGAGGUUGAUUGUCGUUAGAAGUUUCUGUUGACUAUACUUCGUCACAAAGUUUAGCUUGCAGACUUUGAACUUUUAACAGUACAUCUGUCAUACUCGACAGCCACUUUGAUUAUGUAAACAACUAUAUAUAUUUCAGACUUUGGCCUACUGGAAGAGACCUUUUCCUGUUUGGGUGGCCAUUGGUGGACAUGAGUUUCAUGUCUUCAAGUAAAACUAUAUUUAUUGUUGUCGGUUUUUUAUCAAAGCAUAAUUGUACAUAUUAAGCAGUAGCUUGCUAUGUUCAGUAGUCCACGCUGAAUUAAACCAAGGCAAUCCCUCAAAUACAUUAGAAUACAGUUUUA